GAGCUGAUCGCAGAGAAAGCACUCACCACUCUGCCAGCCCCGCUCCUAUAAAUCGCAUUCACUUCCUAACCCCCCUUCUUAGCAUAUUUGAUCACUUUGAUUCUCAGUUCUUUUUCUUUCGCCUUUUUUUUUUUUGCUUUUUGUUUUUUUUUGUGGUCGUGGGGAGGGGGGGUUGAUUGUCCCUCCCGCGCCUCUUCUCGUCUUGCUUUUUUUUUUUUUUUUUUUGCAUGAAGAAUGAUGCUGUGUUCUAGGUUGUGAUCUGUCUUUCCCUCCUCCUCUUCCUCCUCCUGCUCUCCUCUUUUAUCAUUAUCACUGGCUGAGCUCUAAGCUGGAGAGUUGACUCUUUCCCUUCACCUCCCCCUUCCCCCUCCCUCCCUCCCCCCCCCCCACCCCAUGUGUUGUGUGAACCAACUGCGCUAAGAGCCCCACUUGCAAAGAAGGAGACGCGGCACAAGGCAGCGAGCAGCAGCAGCAGCAACAGCGGCGGCAGCAGGAGGAGAAGCAGCAGCAAAAUAAAGAAAAGAAAAAAGAGAGAGAAAGAAACAGCGGAAAGAAAGAAAGAGAGAGAGGAAAAAAAAGCGAAGCUGAUCUCGGUUGAUGUUUCCACAAUCUGGACUUCAAAAAACUACAGCGAACCCCUCGGCUUUCUGCGCCGAGAAAAGUCUUUUUAGUUGUGCAAUUUUUUUUUUCUUUGCAAGCCUUGUGUGUAAUCUUUAACCUUUUCUCCAUUCUUAUUUUGAUGGCUUUCCUGAAUGGCUGACUGUGAGCUUCCCUGGACCUGGCCCCCCGACACUCGCCUCUACUCCUUCAACUCCUCUGCAGCAGAUCAGCUUUAAGAGAGAGAGAGGGGGAGAUCUUUGAAGAGAUUUUGUCCUCUCUCUCUCUCCCCCCUACCCCUACCACCCCCUUACUUCUGUCUUUAAGCAAGACAAUCGACUCGCAAUCUGCCCCCCAACACCCCUCGUCCUCCGCCUUCGCUGGCAUUUUUUUCUGUCCCCCAUCCCCCUUUUUCUCCUUUUUUAAAGGGAAAAAAGAGAGAGAGAGAGAGAAACUGCUGCAAAACUGAUCUGAAAGCAAAGCAAACAAACUUUAAAAAUAAAGGGGGAACAGGAAGUUUGGAAACGGUGUCCAAUAGAUAUGGCAAUGGUAGUUGGUGCGUGGCGAGAUCCCCAGGACGAUGUACCCGGAGCUCAGGGAACUCAGCCUGCUCAAGCCCCUCCAGUGCAAGGACCACCAGCUGGGGCCCCUCACACACCACAAACCCCAGGACAAGGAGGGCCCCCCAGCACUCCAGCCCAGACCAACCAGCCAAGCCAGCAGAGCCAAGGAGGAGACAAGCAGCAGCAGCAGCAGCACAUUGAAUGUGUGGUUUGUGGGGACAAGUCUAGUGGCAAACAUUAUGGCCAAUUUACUUGCGAGGGUUGCAAGAGUUUCUUCAAGCGGAGUGUCAGGAGGAACCUGAGCUAUACUUGUCGUGCCAACAGGAACUGUCCCAUUGACCAGCACCACCGCAAUCAGUGUCAGUACUGCCGGCUCAAAAAAUGCCUCAAAGUUGGCAUGAGACGGGAAGUUUCUUCUUUAUUUACUGCAGCCGUCCAGAGGGGCAGAAUGCCACCCACACAGCCAACUCAUGGUCAGUUCGCCUUGACAAAUGGGGACCCUCUCAACUGCCAUUCCUACCUAUCCGGAUAUAUCUCCCUUCUCCUGCGAGCAGAACCUUACCCAACCUCCCGCUUUGGCAGUCAAUGCAUGCAACCCAACAACAUCAUGGGCAUCGAGAACAUUUGUGAACUGGCAGCCAGGAUGCUCUUCAGUGCUGUGGAGUGGGCCAGGAAUAUCCCCUUCUUCCCAGACCUCCAGAUCACAGACCAGGUGGCCCUCCUCAGGCUGACCUGGAGCGAGUUAUUUGUGCUCAACGCUGCCCAGUGCUCCAUGCCCCUCCACGUAGCCCCUCUCCUGGCCGCUGCUGGCCUCCACGCUUCGCCGAUGUCUGCUGACCGAGUGGUCGCCUUUAUGGACCACAUACGAAUCUUCCAAGAGCAAGUAGAAAAACUGAAAGCGUUGCAUGUCGACUCUGCAGAAUAUAGCUGUUUAAAGGCCAUAGUCCUCUUCACCUCAGAUGCCUGUGGUCUCUCUGAUGUAGCCCAUGUUGAAAGUUUACAGGAGAAGUCACAGUGUGCUUUGGAAGAAUAUGUUAGGAGCCAGUAUCCCAACCAACCAACGCGAUUCGGGAAGCUAUUACUACGUCUUCCCUCACUGCGCACUGUCUCAUCUUCUGUCAUAGAGCAAUUGUUUUUCGUCCGUUUGGUAGGUAAAACCCCCAUAGAAACCCUAAUCAGGGAUAUGUUACUGUCUGGCAGCAGUUUUAACUGGCCUUAUAUGUCCAUUCAAUAAAAUAUUGGAGAAAAAAAUUAAAAUAUAUAUAUUGAGAAGGGAGAUGAAAGAGAGGGAAAGGAAAGCAAAUGACAUUUGGGUUCUGGUGGUUGCUUAUAUUUCCUUCUGCUAAGGAUGUAAAAGGAUGUUACAAGUUUGCUAGAAGAAGACAGGAAAAAAAAUAAUGGACUGUGAAUUAAAAAAAGACUCUCAAAUGAACUUUUACAGAAUGCAUUAAAAACUCCCGUGUCAUUAAGCGAAAAAAAAACUUGCUACUUAUCAUUUCUUUUGUUUAAAAAAUAAAGGGAAAAGAAAAGUGAAAGAAAAAAAGAAAGAAGGAAGGAAAUACAUUAGGGUGGGUUUUUCUUUUUUCUUUUCUUUUUUUUUUCUUUUAUGGGGUAAACUUUUUAAAGAAAAAUAUCUCGCUGAAAGUGCUUUUAAAGGAAAUUUGGAGAAAAUUAGCAAUGGAAAAAAGUAAGUCUUUUUUUUCCAAAUUAUUAAUUGUCCUAUGUGUCUAUGUACCUAUAGUUGUUCUUUUUUGUAUUUUUCUGGUUUCAAACCAGUUUAUUCUGUGGUUCUAUAAUAAUUUUUGAUAUAAUCUUGGCUUCUUUAAAAAAAUGUGUAUCCUUAAAAUAUAUGUUCUGAAAGAAUUAAAACUGAGUCCACGAAAGUAUCAUAGGAAGAAAGGAAAAGAAAAGGAAAAAACCCCUCAACAACACAAUGAUGGAAGCGCACUUAGAGGUGGUGACCCAAAAUUUAGCUUGAAGCUGAGAGAGAGAGCUAUAAUUAUAUAGACCCAAAUGAACCACAUGUCACUUAACUACCCCCAAAACUAGGUUUUUGAUAUUUUCAGACAGAAAAUGAACUGUGGGGAUUUAUUGUAGGUAGGAUGAAUUGUGUCCAAGACACAUUAUGGUUUUGAUUAAAAAAACAAAAACAAAAAACUAAAAAGAAAAAAAAACAAAAAAAAACAAAGUGAACUUUUGUAAUUUGGAUUGGGUUCCACAUAGUUCUUCAUGAAUUGUUAUUAAACUCCUCUAUCUGUUUGUAUAUUUGCAAGCCCUUUGUAUUAUAAUAAUUGUUGAUAUUUUCCCUUUUUAAAAAAAUAUCAUUGAAAUCAGCAUGACAAAAUAACACUGUUGGCACUUAUAGAUAACGUGAUUGAUUCAGUAUCUUAGAGUUUACAGUUUUGUGUUUAAAAAAACUGAAGGUUUUUUUUUAAGUGCAACAUUUCUGUAUACUGUAAAAGUUAUAAUAACUGAACUGUUUGGUCGAGUCUUUGUGUGUUAUAUUCCAAGGAAAAUUGAAAGUAUUCAGAAAUUAAAAUAUUAUUUGAUAUCUGAAA